UCCCUCCCUCCCUCCCCUCUCGGCUGGGUCCGUGCGUUGGGGCGUCCGAUCCCCUCCGCAGCUGGGACGCGCUGAACUCAAGGCAGGAGUCGGCUCUCCGGAGCCUGGUCCCUCCCUUCCCCUUCCCUGUCCCCUUCCCCCACCCCCGACGCGGGCUUGGCGCGGAGGCCAGAGAAAUCCCGAGCACGCCCAGGCCCCUGAUCUGGAGGGAUGGAGAACUCCUCGGCCGCCUCAGCCUCCUCCGAGGCAGGGAGCAGUCGCUCCCAGGAGAUCGAGGAGCUGGAGCGUUUCAUUGACAGCUACGUGCUGGAGUACCAGGUGCAGGGGCUGCUGGCCGACAAGACGGAGGGCGAUGGCGAGAGUCAGAGAACACAGUCUCAUAUCUCCCAGUGGACAGCGGACUGCAGUGAACAGCUAGACAGCAGCUGCUCCUUCUCCCGAGGGCGUAUCCCCCCGCAGCAGAAUGGCAGCAAAGACAGCUCCCUGGACAUGCUGGGCACAGACAUCUGGGCAGCCAACACCUUCGAUUCCUUCAGUGGUGCCACCUGGGACCUGCAGCCUGAAAAGCUGGACUUCACCCAGUUCCACAGGAAGGUCCGACACACGCCCAAGCAGCCCCUGCCACACAUCGACAGAGAAGGGUGUGGAAAGGGGAAGCUGGAAGAUGGGGAUGGGAUCAACCUGAAUGACAUUGAGAAGGUCCUCCCGGCCUGGCAGGGCUACCACCCAAUACCCCAUGAAGCGGAGAUUGCACACACCAAGAAGCUGUUCCGGAGGAGGAGAAAUGAUCGAAGACGGCAACAGAGACCUCCAGGGGGAAACAAGCCUCAACAGCAUGGUGACCACCAGCCAGGCAGUGCCAAACACAACAGAGACCACCAGAAAUCCUACCAGGGGGGCUCAGUGCCCCACCCCUCAGGGAGGCCCACCCACCAUGGCUAUAGCCAGAACCGACGCUGGCACCACGGCAACAUGAAGCACCCACCAGGCGAAGGGGAGGCAGGCACCCAUCGCAACGCCAAAGAGACCGUGAACACCGAGAGCCCCAAACUUGAGGACAUCCCAGGGGACACAGGGCAUGGCAGCCUUGAGCCCCCCCGCAGCCCUGACGCCAGCCCGAUGGCUUCCGAGAGGCACCCCCCACAACCGCCAGGGGGCCAGGCCGAGGCAAAGCGUAAAGACAGUGUUGUUCCCCAGCGCAUCGGGGAGCGGCCCAAAAUCACCCUGCUCCAGUCUUCCAAAGACAGGCUGCGCCGAAGACUGAAAGAAAAGGUACCGGUAAUUGAAUCUUCCUUGUUCUCUUGCACCCGGGAGGACAGCCGAGAGGAUGAAGUAGCAGUGGAGAACAGCCCACAGCAGAACAAGAUGGACAAACUGAUCGAGAUCUUGAACAGCACGCGGAACAACAGCAGCGAUGUGGACGCCAAGCUCACCACCUUCAUGGAGGAGGCCCAGAACUCCACCAACUCCGAGGAGAUGCUGGGGGAGAUCGUGCGGACCAUCUAUCAGAAGGCUGUGUCAGACCGCAGCUUCGCCUUCACAGCCGCCAAGCUCUGCGACAAGAUGGCGCUCUUCAUGGUGGAGGGGACCAAGUUCCGCAGUCUACUGCUCAACAUGCUCCAGAAGGACUUCACCGUGCGCGAGGAGCUGCAGCAGCAGGACGUGGAGCGCUGGCUGGGCUUCAUCACCUUCCUGUGCGAGGUGUUCGGCACCAUGCGCAGCAGCACGGGCGAGCCCUUCCGUGUGCUCGUGUGCCCCAUCUACACGUGCCUCAGGGAGCUCUUGCAAUCUCAGGAUGUGAAGGAAGAUGCUGUCCUCUGUUGCUCUAUGGAGCUGCAGAGUACAGGCCGGCUGCUGGAGGAGCAGUUGCCUGAGAUGAUGACCGAGCUCCUGGCCAGCGCCCGAGAUAAGAUGCUGUGCCCCUCGGAGUCCAUGCUGACACGGUCCCUGCUCCUGGAGGUUAUUGAGCUCCACGCCAACAGCUGGAACCCUCUGACGCCCCCCAUCACGCAGUACUACAACAGAACCAUCCAGAAACUGACAGCCUGACAGCAAGAGGGCCUGGCGGGCGGCCCAUGGGCAGCUGGGGCCCUGGUGUACAGGGCCAGAUGGACAUGCGGGAGGAUAGGGGUGGCCCUGGCGAGAGAAAGAAAUAGGCAGGAAGGCCAGCAGAGUCUGUGGCCAGUCUGGAGCCAGCCAGGGGAGGGAUCAAAUCCCUGAAAAGGGUACCCCUCCCCACCCCAUGCAACCCCCCAGCCUGAGCAUGCGACAGCUCACACCAAUAAGGGAAGCAUGUUUCUUUGUCAUGGUGGCCCUCCCAGCC